GUGGUGAGCUAUAAGGGUUCGUAUCAGGAUGCUGCUCACAGACGCACCUUGAACUGCCAAUUGCUAAACCGAGGAAGAUUUAGGCAACAUGUCUGGGUUCUUUUUGAUGUUACGGAAGAGAAAAGAGCUUAUUCCCUUAAUUGGAUUCACGGGUAUGGCGGCAGCUGGUGCCGCUACUGCGUCACUUUACUUCUUGCUGACCAAGCCUGAUGUGAUACUUAACCGGUCGAAAAAUCCAGAGCCCUGGGAGAGGGUAGAUCCAUCCAAACCACAAAAGCUCAUCACCAUAAACCAACAAUGGAAGCCGGUGAAGGAGCUGGAGCUGGUGAAGAGCCUGACUAAAUGAAAGCCACGAACAUGCCUCCCUGCUUCAGAGACACCUGCGCCGGCACCUCUCACCAGUCUAGCGGAAUCCUUUCUGCACAGACUAGGCUCAUGGACGAUCAGUGUGCGGAAAUGCUUCUGCUAAAUUGGUGGGUUACAGCCUACGUUGUCUCAGUCUAUGCUUUGGCUACCCAACUUAAAAUAAAUGUGAAAGUGAUGUAUCUUCUGCACAUCUGAAAAAUAUGUUUAUAAGAAUGUUUGUGCUCUUAAAAUGUGUUAAUAUAACAAUCUGUGUACAGUAAAAUAAAGUGAUACAAAAAUGG